GCUCAGAGCGAAGGAGGCGCGCCUGCUGUCCAGCGCCCACCAGCAGCGGCACCCAUCCUGCUUCGACGGGAGCCCAGAACAAAAUUUCUUUUUCUUGUUUAACUGCCUUUCCGAAAACACUCAUAUCUGGGUGCUUCUCUCCCCCACCCCACACCUUUUAUUUGUUCUUCUAACUCUCCAAACACUGGGCAGAAAAAGAAAACUCGGACAGGAAGAGAGGAACAGCAAAAUGAUGCUCCAGCACCCAGGGCAAGUGUCUGCCUCAGAAGUCAGUGCCUCUGCCAUUGUUCCAUGCUUGUCUCCUGCAGUAUCCCUGGGUUUUGAAGACUUCACAAAUCUAACUCCACUGGUCAAAGAAGAAUUACGAUUCGCUAUCCAGAAUAAGCGCCUAUCCCACAGGAUGCCCUCCACUCUGGACACAGUAACAGUUUCUGAUAGGCCCGGUGAAAUGUCGAUGUACAGAGCAGAGUGCGCGCCAGAAGAAGACGAAAGGAAAAGACGCCGGAGGGAAAGAAACAAGAUUGCAGCAGCAAAAUGUCGAAACAAAAAGAAGGAAAAAACGGAAUGUCUGCAGAAAGAAUCUGAAAAGCUGGAAUCCAUCAACGCAGACCUGAAGGCUCAGAUUGAGGAGCUGAAGAAUGAGAAGCAACACUUGAUCUAUAUGCUCAAUCUGCACAGGCCCACUUGUAUCGUCCGAGCCCAGAAUGGAAGGACGCCGGAGGACGAAAGGAAUCUCUUCAUCCAGCAGAUCAAAGAAGGAACCUUGCAAGGCUAAGUGACUGUGAUGAGACAAUGCUAGAUGUCCCUGGGGACAUGCCUUUACACCAAAAGAACCCUCAAAUACCACCCCAAGCCAGAAGCCAUAGAGAAGCUAUCUUGGCAUUUGCGGUCUCCUGUUAGUCAAGAGAAAGCAGAGGAGACGAUAUUGCUAAGUGGCCUGUGUGUGCUUGGCUGUGAGUCUCCCUGAUGAAAAGACUCAGUUGGGUUGAAGAGAGGCCUCUGCCUUUGCUUCAGGUUUAAGUAUCUGCCAUUCGUGCUAUUCCCAGAAGCCAUACUCACAUCAGCUCUAGACUUGUUAAGCCCCUGCUGGCAUGUGGUACCUGCACUUUGAGUUAUUUCUGGAGAACACUAGGACUCUCAAUGAUGCGCAUCAUGCAGACGGCCAGGCUGAAGGGACACUGUGUGUCCUUUGGUUGGGUAGGGAUUAUAGAUGGAGUGCAACUUUUUUUUUUUUUUUUUUGCUUUGUAUUUUCAAAAGAAAGAGGUUUGCAACUUCCAGGAUGCAGCUUUCAAUUCCGAAAGGCAUUGCAAUACUACGGGAAUUACUGUCUUUCUACAACUGUGCAAUGUUGUGUUCAAAUGAGCAUGCUGCUCUGAUGUUAACGGAAGUCUUUCUGUGGGUUUUUCUAUGACUCAUGUUAGAAGUGAACUGUGGGAUGAUAUGACAGGCAUCAGUUUCUUGUGCAAAAAAAAAAAAAAAAAGCUAAUUGAACCAAGUCUGAAUUUACCAAACUGGAACAUUACCCACUUAGCUAAUUUUUUUAAAAGGGGGAAAUUCCCCUUUGAGAACUUAAUUUGAGUCACAUGCAGUCAAAGGAACUUCAUAGUACACAAGACAAUAUCGUGACAAAUACAGGCUUGAAAUGAGAGGCCCUCUUUGAUUGUGGUUCACCAUAUCUGGGGUACUCCACUUGCUAAUCUUUCUUUGGUAACACUUUCCCCAGAGUAGAACUAUGGUCAUUGUCAAUUUGAAUAUGUUAAUUGAUGUGUAUAUGUUAAGUGUAUGGGAAUGCAAAACUGUCCAGUACUUCGUUUUAUGGCUGUGCUAUGAAUACCGGCAUUUUAACAAAGUCCACCAUGAGCCAAGUAGGACUGCCAACUUUUAAAUAGCUUGAUAGCCGGCAUGGGAAGGCAGUUUCUUCUGUCUGUGUGCUGCACUGGCAGAAACUGCACCUGUUGAACUCCCCACCACCCAUUGGCUCGAAGGUACAGGAGCAUCCUUCAAAGCCAGGUAUAGGCAUCGGUUCUAGCCAUAUGUUCUUGUUGUGUUAACCUGGCUGGGGUAAAGCUGUUCAUGAGACUAUGCUUCCCUUAAAGCAAGGGUUCUCAAACUCUGGUCUCCAGUUGGGUCUUUUGCCAUCAUGGCUGGGGAUGACGGGAGUUGUAGUCCAACAUGGAGAUGCUCUUCCACUGAGCAAUGGCUCCACCCCUUAACUUACAGCAGCCACAUGUAGUUGCCCAUCCAAAUGCAAACCAGGGGAGGCCCUGCUUAGCAAAGGGGACAGCUCAUUCCCACUACCACAAAACCAGCUUUCCACCCCAUCCAGUGGACUCACUGAAUCCUGGCAGUGAAAGAGGCUGCAAUAAAUGAACCCGUCUGUCUUCCUUCUCUGAAUCAGGAUACCCCCUGCUCAAAGCAACCCUGACAACACUAUUUCAGCAGGCAACAGACUAUCCCUGUGCAGUGAGAGAGCUGGCCAGAGAACUAUGCACAAUGUAAAUUAAGUUCUGAAUUUGGUGUGUGAUCUCUGCAUACCCGUUUCUUUAGAAGACAGCCCUUACUGGGGAUUUGUCAGGCAAAACAUGUAGGCUGCAAAGCUCAAUCUAAAGCAAGGGUGAGCAACCGUGGCCCGGCAGCUGUUGUUAAAAUACAGAGAUGAUGGGCACUGUAGUUCAAGAACACCUGGAGGGCCUCGUUUGCCCACCCCUGAAGGCUGGGAGCCACAAUAAGAGGCCAGGAACUCUUGUAAAAAUUCUGUGAACGUCUACACAUGUGAACCCUUUUAUCCCCACCAACAUCCCAUGAGCUUAACUACAUGGAUAUCUGCAGGAUUCCUUACCAUCACUCCAGCACGACUAGUUCUUUUUCAUAAGAGCCAUGCAUAAUGGAAAGCUUUGUUUUUGUUCUUUAUAGCUGUAUGGUGGCUGCCCUCAGUCAGGUAUAUAACCUUGCUCUUUUUCUAGGCAACUUUCAACUACUUGAAAGUAAUGGUAUGCAUUUUAUAAUAUUAUGGGGUUUGCGUGGUCAGCAACACCUUGCUGACCACGCAAAGGGCCUCCGCACAUGCAUGGAGGCCAGGUGAGUGACAGAGCCAGCGGACACUUGGUCCAUUGACCUGCAUAUGGACUUCUAAAGGUGCUGCUUGCUGCCCCCCACCACCACCCGCGCCCACUCAAAUUUCUGGACUGGUCUGCGGUUUGGCCAAAUCAGACCAAACUGGUUUGCCAGACCACAAACCGGUCCAAAUUAGGCCUGCAGCUCGGACUGUGAUCUGUGCACACCACUUCUAUAUUAUAAAAGCAUCAGCUAAAAUUAAAAAAAAUAAAAAAUUAUGGUAGAUGUUUAAAACCUAACAUAGUGGCUUCUUUGAAGAACUAAAUAUGUGUGCUUAAAUUCUGAUAUUCUGUGAAAGAUGAUUUGAGCCAGUUAAGUAUUAUCAUUACAGUUUUCUGCAGAAGAAAAAGUUGGCCCCAGUCCAGCAAGCCGGGUCCACAUGAAGUUGCCUUAUAUGGAGUCGGUCUCACCCAGAAUUGCCUGUUCUGCUGGCAACAGCUUUCCAGGGACGCAGGCAGUAGGUGUUUCCCAGGCAAGAGGUUAACUUGACAUCCUUGCUUCAGUGUAGAUGUCAGGAAUUGGACCUAGGACCUUCUGCAUGCAAAAUAUGUGCUCUGCAUCUGCCCCCCACCCCACCCCGUCCUUACAAGGCUUCUGCACAUGGAUCACUCUUCUGGCUCUGGUUCCGGGUGCACAAAAUGAUAUUGUAUAGGGUUUUUACAACAACAACACCCCCCAUCCAUCCAUCACCCUGAGCAUGUGAGUAGCGCUACCGCACCCUGCCCUUACUUCCAUGCUCUUGGUUCUAACAGUAAGGUCACUUGAGGGAAAGGGGUGAUUCCAGACAUCCCUUCUCACCCCUUCUUCCUCAACAGGCCAUUUGUCCCGUCAGAACUGGCAGUGCCAGCUCCCUGUGAAGUGGAGUAUAUUUGCAUAUGUAUGAGGAUCUCUAGAUUAAGAUUAUUCCCUUUCAUUUAUCCUAAUAUUCCUAAGUAAAAAGACUGAAAAAUGCAACUGAUAUGCCAAGUUUUAUUCCUACUUUUCCCUCUUUGCUGUUAAAUAUUAUUUUUAUUACUGGAAAUGUUUCAGUUUGACAAACCACCAAGUUAAAAGACAGGAACCAGUCCUAAUCACUUUGCAUAUCCAGAUCUGUGUAAAUGCAGCUUCCAGUAAAACACAAUCUAGCAACUUCAAAAAUGUUGACUUUUCAAAAGCUGAAAUUUUAGUUCUCAAACUUUGAGAAGUUAAAAAAAAAAGUUUUAUUUUCAAAAAAAAAGUUCCUUUCACCACACUCUGCCUUUACAUGCCAAAUGUUUGAAACAGUAGCUGCACCCAGAAUUUUAAAAAACGGAGCUGAAAUAAAAUUGUCAGCAUUUAAGAUUUUGCAGAUCAUAUUUGUGCACAUUAAUUUGAAUUUUCCCAUUCCUGCCAAACUCCAUGUUCCAGUAUGGAUAUCUUUAGUCUGUGGAGGUCUAACUGUUUUAAAUUUGGUUGCACAAUCAAUGCAAUAGACAGAGGCAUUUGCAGGACAAAAUACUUUAUUGAACAAUUGCCCAGUGUUAGAAUACACACAGAAUCGCACCAGAUACCUCAAAACAAUAGCUUUUAAAUCAGAUGAGGAUACUUGAGUCUGCUGCCUGUUUAUCUCUCUUUGAUUUUUACAUUCUGCAACAGAACUACUUAAUGCACUGUCUGCGAUCUGGAUAUAUUGUAAUGUCCAAUGCUGUUUUUCAAAUGUGUAUUUCAUGUAACAAAAAAUGGAAGGAAAUGGGCCAAAUUCUGUUUGAUCAGAGUGUGAUUUUUUUUUUACUUCCGGCAAGGUAAAUCCGCUUUUGAGAGCUUGUCCAAUGUAAUAUGACGAAAAUAAAUCCCUUAUGGCCUCCACAUUAACUGUGCAAUGUACAAAAGGGGGAAAACAUUGAGUCACUGUGAUAAUUUGAUAUAUAACUAUGUUAACAGAAAUCAUGCUGAAUGAAUUUUAAAGGGGUUUGUGUAAUUAUGAAGCUCCCUAAGCAAGUAUUCAGACUCCCCCUAUAUCUGACAUGGUUGCCCUAUUAAAAAGGCAUACUGAUAUAUUUAUGGUAAUUCCAGUGAGUUGGACUGAAGUAAUCGUGUGGAAGGAAAAUAGCUGCUAGCACACUUCUGUCAGUGCCAGGGGAAGAAUUUGCACAGUGCUAUAACAGGAUCUAUAGCAGUUCUUGAGUUUUCUAUAUGUUCUUGCAGAAAUGGAGAACAUGGGCAGUUUUAACUUGACUUUUCCAAACAGUGCUCUACUUGGAGGUGCAGAACAGCCCUUGUGAGAGUAGAACAUGCCUUCUCCUCACAGAGAAACUUGGGAUCCAACCCUUUGUCUGGUGUGCAAGGGGCUAUUGAGAAUAGCCAAAUAUGAUGCCCACAAAUGGAAGUGCACUGAAUCAAAGUCUAAUAGACAAUACUUUGUCCAUGUAUUUCAUAUAUUGCCAAAAGCAUUCAAGAGAAUAAAAAUGGGGGGAGGGGGUUGGUUGAUGCUGUUGUGUGUGUGUGUGAUGUUAUCAUACAGACAGGCUUUGUUAAAUCUGCUCAUAGAAUUAAUGAUUCUCCUUGAGAGAUUUUUAUAUUGCUGUUCUAUCACUUAUUAUAAAUGACGCAGGCGUCAUGCUGCUGCUACUGCUGCUGCUUCAGUUAAACACAAAUGUUGUUAACUAGCAUGCCAAAUGUUUACUACGGCACCGCUACUUUUGGCAAAGAUAUAAUCUUUGUUCAGCUGUGGCUGCGUGUGUGUGUGUCUGUGUCUGUGUGUGUGUGCGCGCAUACCUUUAAGAGGGUACUAGUACUACAGUCUAUAUUUGUAUUGUUUGAGAGAGGCUGAAUGUAGGAUUUCUCUUUCCUGAACGGAAGGACCCCCGUGCCUCAGAUAGCUCUGUGGCAGUGAGAGUUUCGGCUGGCACAGCUUGUCCUGUCUGAAAAGUGGCAACAGCAGGAUUUGUCCCUGCCGUGCAAGGCACAGGAGGCCUCCUCCAGGGCUUGAAGCUGGAUGGAAGAAUGGUUGGAUGGAUGUAGGAACUGCAUGGAUUUACAUAUCUGUUUUAUUCUGAACACUUAAUAAUGCAGUAGAAGCAAUUUGUUUUCUAUUAUCAAGUUUUAUGUUUUGAUACUUUAAUAAUAAAAAAGACUAAUACAUGU